AUGAAGUGGUUAGCAGUGAUUUGUCUGGUGUUCGCGUCGGUAGCUUGCAAUGAGCUGCCUUUUGCUGAACCAUGUAACGAACAACUAUGUCAAUUGCCAGAUUGUAGAUGUUCAUCUUCAGGCAUUCCUGGAGGCUUGCAACCGAGAGAUACACCACAGUUCGUUCUCGUUACCUUCGAUGAUAAUAUAAAUUCCAUAAAUAUGGAAACAUACAGAGAGAUAUUAUACGGACGUAAUAAUUCGGACAGUUGCCGUUCCGGUUUUACCUUCUACAUUAAUCACGAAUACAACAAUUAUGUAUUCACCAAUGAAUUGUACAACCAAGGUUUCGAGAUCGCUCUACAUUCGAUUAGCCACCAGGAGCCAAUGGAAUACUGGGAAGAAGCAACAGUGGAAACUUUGGAGAGAGAGUUUGCGGACCAAAUAGGUCAAAUGUCACACUUCGCAAAUAUUCCCUACGAGAGUAUAAAUGGUAUACGCGUUCCCUUCCUCCAAAUGGGAGGAAAUUCCACUUAUCAGAUGCUAGCUGAUAACGGUUUGCUUUACGACCACACUUGGCUCUCUAUCACUAAUAUUGAACCUGGUUUCUGGCCGUACACUCUGGAUUAUGCUUCAACCCAAGACUGUGUUAUAGAACCAUGCCCUACAGCUUCAAUUCCUGGCGUGUGGGUACUCCCUAUGCUUACCUGGAGAGAUUUAAAUAAUAACCCAUGCCCAAUGGUUGACAACUGCCCUACACCGCCUGCUCUGACUGAUGAAGAGGGAUGGUUCCAGUUUAUUUUAACUAACUUCGAGAGACAGUACUUGGGCAACCGAGCUCCAUUCGGUUAUUACAUCCACGCGUGGUAUCUCAGCGUGAAUCCAGCUGUGAAGAGAGCACUCGACAGAUUCAUUGAUCUAAUUAGUAAUCUCAAUGACGCAUUUUUGGUCAACAGUCGUGAUGUAAUCGAGUGGGUAAAGAAUCCUGUGCCGGUGAACGAGUACAGACAGCAACCAUGCAACACUUUCGUCCCGACUACAUGCUCGGCACAAAGUUGCGGACCCUUACAAUCUGACCAUAAGGACUACGACUACUGGAUGCCUGCCUGCGCUCCAUGCCCCAGAGUGUAUCCAUGGCUUAACAAUCCUCUAGGCGUAUAA